GUGACAGAGCGUAGGCGAUUCUUUAAUCUUAUUAAGGGAGAAAUUAUAAAAAUAAAAGACACUCGCUUCUACACUUUAGUUGUAUUUUGACAAAGCUCUGAUACAAAUCAGUUGGCAAUCAAGUUAUUCAAUCAUGAGAAUUCAGUUGGUGAUUUUAUUUUUUAUUCUUUGGGUAGCGUUGUCUGGCGGUAAGAAAACAAAAAGAACAGUGAAGAUACCCGCUUUAAAAAAACUCGUCACACAGGUAAAGGAAGCCAAGAAUAUCAUCAGGACAUGGAAUGCGGUAAAAAGAAUUUUGCUUAGGCCACCAAUAGUGAAGUUCAGUAAAGCUACCCAGUUUAAAGUAUGUGCAAGACCAUACUCAAAAGAGGAAGAAAUUAAAAGAAAUGAAUUGAAAGCCUUGAUUGAUAAAAACAGACAGAGUUAUAUUAGAAAUAAACAACAAUGUCCAGUCUCUCAGAAGAAACGCGACUUGCAAGAUGUACAAAAUCAAUUUUCCAGUAUUCCUGGAACAUAGGUUACAGAGCUGUUCUGCAACGAAAGAAGGGCAGUACAAAGUAAUACACUGAAUAUGUGCAAUGAAUGUGCUUACAGAAUCACACUUCCACCGUCAUACUUUCCUCGCCAUCACUUUCAUUACACAUGUGACGAAAAUGGCGACCAUUCCUGUUUUUUCGGAGAAGGUACGUGCAUCAAAAAUGUCGAAACAAAGACGUUAAAGCAUGAUUUAAAUGAAGUUGGUCUUGGAAAUAUAAACCAGUGGGUGGAUCGUGCUGUUGCAUUUACUGGAUCGUGCUCCUGUCAAAUAAUCCAAAACAGUGUCUUUGAUGAAUUGGUGUAAUUUCUUGGUUCAGCCUGGUUUUUAUAAGCAAGACGCUAUUGACUUAAAGUGACAUGUACAAAAACAUGCACAGAAACAAAUGCACGUAUUAUAAAACUUUAUGUGAGGUAGCAAGUAAUUCAGAACAGUUCAUGGAACAGCAUAAAAAGAGCUUUUAAAAUCCUUAGUUAUUAUGUUCUUAUUUUAGUCACCCAACUUGUAGUUAGCUAAUAAAAAAAAACAAAAAAAAAUACUCGGAAAUCUACCUCUGCGAAAAGCAGCUACAAUCGUUAGCUCACACAUAAACAACGAGAAAUUAUGAUAUAGACUCGUCUUCAGACCGUGGGAAACCCACAGGAAUCAAUACAGAGAUAUCUUGUGAUACCAAAACAUGGGUAAAAUACCUUAGAAAGCAAGAG